UUUGUUGGGUUUUUAUUUUCCUUUCGCAAGCUGCCGUGCCGAGUUGGGUGGAAGAAGUGUGUCGAAAUGAGCAAGUUUUGAUGGCCGCUGGUGGUGGCUGGCCGCUGCGUGCAGUUUCUCGUAUCCGUGUCCGUAUAUCCCCGAGGGAACCCCGAUUCGGUUUGCGUCGAAAACGGCGUGAAAAGAUUUCACGAGCGUUUAGUUAAUAUUCGCUACUGCUGCUACUGCGGUGCUAGUGUGUCGCGUGCAUCAUCUCCAACUCCAACUUGAGAGCAAGUCAACGCGAUAAGCCCCGAAGAGAGCGGAGUGUGUGUAAUAAAUUAAAAUAAAAAAAAAACCAAAAGGAAACGGUGACCCCCGAUCCCGGGGCCGUUUGAGAAGAGUGUUCAAAGCUCGACAAAAAGAAGGUGGAAAGCAUAAAACGCGACCGACCGGAAAGAAGAGUAGUGACGGUCACCACCGGAGGUGGUGAUUCCCCACCCAGGGAAGAUGGGUUACGAUCUGACGCGCUUCCAGGGUGACGUGGACGAGGAGCUGAUCUGUCCGAUCUGCUCCGGAGUGCUCGAGGAGCCACUGCAGGCGGUAGCAUGUGAGCACGCGUUCUGUCGAGCCUGCAUCACAGAGUGGCUAUCGCGGCAGCCGACCUGCCCAGUGGACCGGAAUCCCAUCACCAACAGUAAUCUCCGAGCGGUGCCAAGAAUUCUGCGCAAUCUCCUGUCGCGACUCAACAUUAGCUGCGAGAAUGCCAUGUACGGGUGUACGCUGGUGCUCAAGCUGGACACACUGGCCACCCACAUCGAAGAGUGCGAACACAACCCGAAGCGGCCACUGCCGUGCGAGAAGGGCUGCGGCUUCGUGAUUCCCAAGGACGAGUACAAGGACCACAACUGCUUCCGGGAGCUGCGUUCGCUGGUGCACAACCAGCAGCAGAAGAUGAGCGAGCUGAAGAACGAAAUCAACGAUCAAAACCUGGUGAUAAACGAGCUGAAGCGGGAACUGAACCUGGUGAAGGAUUUUAUGAGGGCGAUGCGCGUGUCGAAUCCCGCGAUGCGAGCUAUCGCCGAUCAGAUGGAGCGGGACGAAGUGACCAGAUGGAGCAAUGGACUGGCGAGGGCACGAGUCACUCGGUGGGGUGGAAUGAUCUCAACUCCCGAUGACGCGCUGCAGCUGAUGAUCAAACGAGCACUCUCCGAAUCCGGCUGCCCGCCUCACAUUCUCGACGACCUGAUGGAGAACUGCCACGAGCGGCGGUGGCCCCGCGGUCUGAGCUCACUAGAAACCCGCCAAAAUAAUCGCCGGAUAUACGAGAACUACGUCUGCCGGCGAAUUCCAGGAAAACAAGCCGUACUGGUGUUACACUGCGACAACACGCACAUGUCCGAGGACGUUAUGGUCGAGCCGGGGCUGGUCAUGAUAUUUGCUCAUGGAAUAGAAUAAUUACGUACUACAACUGCACCACAAACAAACGCCACUUCAAUUGCUACUAAUCCUGAAGCUCACUAAGCUCUAUACGUUCGAAUCGAGAAAAAAAAAUCACACCUUGAAGGCGCAUUUAUCAAGGCUGACAAAAUCAGGAUCCGUUUGCCACCACCACCACCGCCGUAGCCAGUUUGUGACCACACGAUGGGUGCCAUUUUGAGAAGCACAAUAAAACUGUUUGACGAAAUUUUAUGCACAAUAGUGUGAGAACUAACAAGAGCGAGGACUGAGUGCCGGAAUAUCAGCGCGGGAAAAAAGAAACUCUUGCCAAUAUCUACACCUUAAAACACAAAACAGAAACAUUGAUACACUUUUAUGAGGAACCACAAAGAAUAGACGUCCAUUUAUUUUCGUUGCAAUCUUCGCCGUAGCCAUCAAAAAGUUUCUUUCUUAAAUACACCUACUUUCUCCUGAUAGUCUAACUCGAAUCAUAUCAGACAAACAACACAAAAAUUGUGUAAAAAAAAUAUGUCGAAUGUAAUGGAUUUGUACAUGAUCUCUGGAUUUGGAUUUGGAAUCCCUAUCGCUGCUGUGUUUAUUUUUUUGGGUUUGGCUUUUCUCACAUCGUGGGAUGGAAAAAAAAUCGUCGACGUGGAAAAGCAAAGCAAACCCUUUAUUUUUUUUUGCUAGUGAUGAUUGCGAAGCUAUGAUUUACUUUUUUUUUGUUUUUUGUUAGGACACAAGUCGGCUGAAAUUGACUGAUGUUACUUGAGCAGGGAAACGUUAGCAGGGAAAAUUUUAGUUCUCGUAUUGGCCACCAGGUGGCGUCAUUGAAAUCCAAUUUCCCUGCUCACUUCACAUCGUCAGCAGGGAAAAAAAUUGUGAAGACAGCAGGGAAAGUGAAAUUUCCCUGCUAACGUAAACAGGAUUUUUUUUAAACUAUAAUUUUUAUCGUAAAUGCAAUCUUUUGAACAAUAUAUUUGCUUUGAUGUAUUUAAAUUAGUUUUUUUUUACGUAUUUCAAUGCCUUCGAAUCUGAACAAAUAUUUUCCCUGCUAAAUGAAAUUGGGCAAUCGGGAAGAGGAAAGAUCUGUGCUUACCAAGAACGAUGGGAAAAAAUCGUUAGGGCGACAGGACAAUUUCAGCUGAUCUUUAUAAAUUGAAUAGGAAACGUUGCAUUGAUAAUUUUAAUUUAGAACUAGCUACUGUGCUUAUGUAUUCUAAGAAGGAUAAAUAAAGAAAAUUAAUCCAAUCAAA